GAGUCGGCACACAGACCUGCCUCCCUCGAAAGGCGGACGGCUGAUUAGAAAGUGAGGCGAGAGGUUGCAGCUACACACUUGAUAAUCGGAGCCAUUAACCUCGGAGGUGAUUACUGAGCCGAUGAACUCGGCAGCUGGAUGUAAAUGAGUCGUCUAAGUAGCUGCUGUGAGUGACUUUCACCUCCGCUGAAGAGGCUGAUCGGGUCGGAGCGGUGGAUCGGAAGAAUCAGGAAUACUGCAGGAGUCACCUGAAGGCCGGGACCGGGACCGCUUGGGCGAGCAGGCAGCAGACGCGCAGACCGGACUCUCGGCCAUCCGCAGUCGAGGCAGCAUGGCGUCCGUGGCGGAGUACUACGCCGGCAAGAGCGUGCUGAUCACCGGAGCCACGGGCUUCAUGGGAAAGGUGCUGGUGGAGAAGCUGCUGAGGUCCUGCCCCGACGUCAAAGCGCUCUACAUCCUGGUUAGACCCAAAGCCGGCCAGUCCAUGCAGCAGAGGGUCGCCGACAUGAUGAAGUGCAAGCUUUUCGACCGAGUGAGGGAAGACGACCCCGACUUCUACCAGAAGAUCGUGCCGAUCAGCAGCGAGCUGACGCAGCCCGGCCUGGCCAUCAGCUCCGAGGACCAGGAGAAGCUGACCGCCUGCAUCAACAUCGUCUUCCACUGCGCCGCCACCAUCCGCUUCGACGAGCCGCUCAAACACGCUCUGCAGCUGAACGUGAUGGCCACGCAGCAGCUCCUCGGCCUGGCCCAGCAGAUGCACCACCUCGAGGCCUUCAUCCACAUCUCCACCGCCUAUGCAAACUGCAACCGCCGGCACAUCGACGAGGUCAUCUACCCGCCGCCGGUCGAGCCCAAGAAGCUCAUCGAGUCUCUCGAGUGGAUGGAGGACGGCAUCGUGCGGGACAUCACGCCGCGGCUGAUCGGCGACCGGCCCAACACCUACACCUACACCAAGGCCCUGGCCGAGUACGUGGUGCAGCAGGAGCAGGACAAGCUCAACAUUGGCAUCAUCAGACCCUCCAUCGUGGGAGCCAGCUGGCAGGAGCCGUUCCCCGGUUGGAUCGACAACUUCAACGGGCCCAGUGGAGUCUUCAUCGCCGCAGGAAAGGGCAUCCUGCGCACCAUGAGGGCCAACAACGACGCGGUGGCGGACCUGAUCCCGGUGGACGUGGUCAUCAACCUGACCCUGGCUGCCGGCUGGUACACCGCCGUGCACAGACCUAAAACAGCCCUGGUGUACAACUGCACGACCGGUGGCAUUAACCCGUUCCACUGGGGGGAGAUCGAGCACCACGUGAUGUCGUCCUUCAAGAGGAACCCGCUGGAGCAGGCUUUCCGCCGGCCCAACGCCAACAUCACCUCCAACUACCUGAUCAACCAGUACUGGAUCCUGGUCAGCCACAAGUUCCCGGCCUUCAUCUACGACCUCUUCCUGCGCCUCUCCGGACAGAAGCCACAGAUGAUGCGUAUCUUCAACCGCCUGCACAAGGCCAUCAGCCUGCUGGAGUACUUCAGCAGCCAGGACUGGGAGUGGAACUCAGAGAACAUGAGCAUGUUGAUGAGCAACCUGACCCCUGAGGACAGGAAGACAUUUAACUUCGACGUGCGCCAGCUGAACUGGCCCGAGUACAUUGAAAACUACUGCAUCGGCACCAAGAAGUACGUCCUGAACGAAGACAUGUCGGACAUCCCCGCCGCCCGCCAGCACCUGAGGAAACUGCGCAACAUCCGCUACACCUUCAACACGCUCUUGGUGGUUUUCAUCUGGAGGGUCUUCAUCGCCCGCUCGCAGAUGGCCAGGAACAUCUGGUACUUCGUGGUCAGCCUCUGCUUCAAGUUCCUCUCCUACUUCCGUGCAUCCAGCACCUUAACCAACUGAGUGUCCUGCACGCCUCACGCCAGAGGACGCAGCCCUCAGCCUUCGGCUGCAUCGGGGUGGGGGGGGUGGGGGGGCAACACCCGGGACUCGGACGCUCCCGGACAGAGCGGCGCUCUCGGGAGGAGGGAGGAUACAAACAGAGGUCCACUAGCCAUGAAUUGUUUUUAGCUCGGAAACCUGUCAUCGGUACCAACACUGUUCAGCCGUCAAAGUCCGUCCAGAAAGGGAAGUGUUAACUUUAUACCUUUUGUUUUCUUCAGAGUGGCCAAUUAUAUAUGCAACGAUAAGCCUUUUGUGUGACUUCCACUUUGCUUUCCACCCCUUAAGUCUCAAUACAUUGCCUUGUGAUUUUAACCCCCCCCUCCCACACCUCCAUACUUUACCGAAGAACGAUUUCUACGUGGUUAUUUUGGUUUUUCUACUGCAGGUAUCCCCAGCCCCCGCCCCCCCCUUCCCAAAUCAUGCAGGUGAUUUGGAUAUCUGUGUAAUAAGUUGCAUUGUGUGCGUCUACUGCCUUUUUAAAGAUGACACUCCACGCCCGCCUGGUGGUUUUCUGUCUCCGGGGGAUUAAAAAGCAAAGUCUGGCCCCCGCGAGACAGCGAAAACGUUGGAGGAUCCACCACCUUUUCCUGCUGUCGAGGUCGUCACUAAUUUAUGAUCACAAAUGUGCGUCUUUGAACAUAACUCUUGUCUGUUUGAAUGCUCAUCCACUCUAUGCCUGUUUGUACAGCAGUUUGUACUGAACUAAGUUUAAUACUUUUACAUCUUUAUACUUGCGUCAAAGGCUCGUCUGAUUACGUGUCCCACCUUGGCAGUGUCGUGUAUAUAAAUAAGAGUACGUCAGAGUGAAGUUUAUUUAUAUUACCCAGCACAUUACUGUACAAUGUUCCUCAACAGAUCCUAACCAAGCUUUCUAAAGGGGGUAUGACUCCCAAGACCUGAGCACAUUUGUCUCCAGGAAGUGAAACAAGGGGAUAUUUAGGGAAAAUUUCAGAUGGAUAUUGAAGUAUUGACUAAUGCCAAAUGGAUCCGGAGUAACGGAACCACUUAAAGUAGUCCAGCAUCAGCGACUCGCAUUAAGUUUGGAGUCGGGGACCAAGCUCGGAGAGGGAAGUUUGAUGGAGGCGGAUGCUAAAACGCCUGAAACCAGUUCUCUGUUCAAGUGACAUCUCGGCUUCUGCGGGAGAGAUUUGAUGGUGGGAACGAUGCUGCCAGUAGGACUUAGUUUAUUUAUCAGGAUGGUUGAGUCUUUGAAGCAUCUAGAAAAAGAGCUGCAGGGAGAGUUGUCAAAUGAUUUUGGACACAAAAUGAGCGGUGAGGAUAAUCCACAAUCCGCAGCUGGGAAAACCGGUCUGCUAUAGAAGUGUUUGCUUGAAUGCUUCGUUUUAAAUCUGUAAUAAAGUCUUUGAGUGAUAGAUGAGUAUUCUCUGUAUGAGCGCAGCUGCAAUGAGCCACCUAAAUGUGAUUUUAAAUAAAUAAAUAAAUAAAUAAGAAAAGUAUAGGACCAAGAACGGAACCAUGAGGGAUGCCACGCCUUACAGAACAGAAAAAUGCAGUGCUGUUUUUAACUAAAAUUGCUAGAAACUGGAUUAGGCUCGUGCCUCAGACCCUCCUGGCGUCGUCUAACCCACUUCUGGAAGAUCUGUAAAUAAAUGAAAAAUUAUUCUUAUAAACUACCAAAAACUUGUACCUGUCUGUUGAUAUUUGUGUUUUCACAGGACCGCAGAGCUUCCCUCAGUUUACCAAAAGUAUUAAGUACGAUGGGCAAGUCUGAUUUUUACUAAACAAAUGAGGAAAUCUGUGCAGUACCGUGUGUGUUGCGGGGGCUUGACAAUAACGAGCCUUUUAUGGGAGGAAAAAGGGACAAAACUAAAUGUUUAUGCAAAGCUCAUGUCUGUUGUAAGUGUCCACGUUCGUACCAGGCCUGCAUGAUGAAGCAGUUUCGUCACGUGUCCUCAAAGAGCUACAGGGCUAUUUUAACGCUGUCGUCCGUGUGGAGCUUUGCUCUUCUGUAUGUCCGACACGGCGCCGUCGACGUAAAGCCUGGGCCAGAGCGAUAGCAGUGCAUAAACGAGGACAUUUCUGUCUUUCUGGUGUCCUCUGCAAACUGACCAGCUGUGUUCCCUGCUCUGACAACACUUCAAAUCUGUUUGGCAAAUCUGAAAUAAACAAGAUAUUAAAAAGAA